AUGACUCUUUCAAACACAACUCGUCUCGGCCAGAGGGCAUACCGUCACCUGUCACGCCGAACCUUUUCGACCACGAGGAAGUCCUUCGCAGACCAUGUCAGAAUUAUUGAAGUCGGCCCGAGGGAUGGACUGCAGAACGAGAAGACCAGUAUACCAGUAGAUACCAAAUUGGAGCUAGUGAGGAGGCUUGCAGGUACGGGCGUUGAAACAAUCGAAGCUGGGUCGUUCUCACAUCCGAAGUGGGUGCCGCAGAUGGCAGCUUCAGACGAAGUCCUGUCCCAAGUCCUGCGAAGCCCGCCUUCGUCACCUCAUCCUAUAACAUAUCAAUGGCUUCUCCCCAAUACCAGAGGGUUGGACAACUUCUUCAAGGUUAUGGAUGGCUUCGUAAAGCCAUCGCAAGAUACAUACCCAACUCCUCCACCCUCGCCACCACACGACUCAGGCCCUGCUCUGCACACUUCCAAUUCGGACGCAAUGCAGCAGGACAGUCAAAGCAUGUCUAAUGAGCGCAACGGCCACAAACACGAAGUCUCCAUCUUCCUUGCCGCGACGGAAGCUUUCAGCAAGAAGAACACGAAUUGCAGCAUUCAAGAAUCUCUCGAUCGCUUUGCUCCACUCAUGUCCUCCAGCCGAGCGCAAGGGAUCCCAGUGCGAGCGUACAUUUCCGUAGCUCUUGGUUGUCCAUUCGAAGGACCAGAGACGGACCCCCAUGUUGUCGCAGACUUAGCUGUGAAGUUAUUGGAAAUGGGUGCGGAUGAGAUAAGUGUAGCAGACACCACAGGCAUGGGUACUGCGCCGCGAACGGGCAAGCUUCUUCGCACAUUGAGUGAAGCUGGCGUACGGAAUGAAGACUUGGCGUUGCACUUCCAUGAUACAUUCGGUCAGGCUCUGCUCAACACGAUGGUGUCCCUUGACCAUGGCAUCAGAACCUUCGACAGUGCUGUGGGCGGGCUGGGUGGGUGUCCAUACUCUCCCGGUGCGACAGGUAAUGUGGCGACUGAGGAUCUGGUAUACAUGCUUCACAGCUUGGGCGCGAAGACCGGCAUAGAUCUGGAUGAGAUGUGUCGGAUAGGAGAGUGGAUCACGACCGAGAUUGGUAAAGGUAACGCAAGUAGUGCUGGCCGAGCGACCUUGGCGAGGUUAAGGAGAGAAGAACACGAAGGUUCGGCAAAUGUAUGA